GCUUCAGUUUGUCGCUGACCCUGCAGCCCCCUCCCCGGCAGCGGCAGCUCAGCCUGCGGGUCCGCCUCCUUCACAGGCGCUGCCCAGUCUCCCGCUGCCCUGAAUCAGACCGGACAUCCCGGCGUUCUGCCUGCCAAGCUGCCCGUGUCCAGCUACCUGGUCUGAGCAUCAGGUCCCAGUGCAAAAAGGGCCCCUGCAGGGUGACAGCCAUCAGGAAGUGGGUAACCAGCCUGACUCAGAAGCCUGUGACCCAUCCUGACUGACCACGUAACCUUGGCGAGCUGGUUAGAUAGCUGUGCAUUUGGGUGGCUGGAGCCUGCUUGCUAUUUAACAGGUCUCUGUGUCUCCUGGGACAGCAGCAGAAGAGCAGGAACCCCUGAGCUGUGACAGUUAUAGAUCGGCUAGCUGGCGGAAGACCAAGCCUGUAAUUCCCCUCAAGGUGAUAGUGGGCCCGGAAGCAGGGGGGCGGGGCAGCGGCUCACACCCCACCUGUCAGCAGCAGCAGCUACAAAGGGAAGGGCCUGGCCUCUGCCUCCCCACAGCUAUGGACUGACAAGUGGUGCAUGCUGAGGGACUCUCUCCAGAGCUGCAGAGCGUGUGAGUUUCACCAUGUUGGCACCAGGCAGUGGCCCAGAGCAGAGGAGCAAGCUUCUCCUGCAGUGGAGGCAGGUCUCCUGGAUCACCUGCUGGAUUGCUCUGUGUGCUGUGGAGGUGCUCCCCGCCUGCCCCUUCUCCUGCACGUGUGACAGUCGCAGCUUGGAGGUGGACUGCAGUGGCCUGGGCCUCACCACUGUACCCCCGGAUGUGCCCGCUGCCACCCAAAGCCUUUUGCUCCUGAACAAUAAGCUGAGUGCCCUGCCAAGCUGGGCAUUCGCCAACCUGUCCAACCUGCAGCGGCUGGACCUGUCCAACAACUUUCUAGACCAGCUCCCCCGGUCCAUUUUCGAGGACCUGGUCAAUCUGACCGAGCUCCAGCUUCGGAACAACAGCAUCAGGACCCUGGACAGGGACCUGCUCCAGCAUUCCCCGCUCCUCCGACAUCUGGAUCUGUCUAUCAACGGCUUGGCCCAGCUGCCCCUGGGGCUUUUUGAUGGGCUCCUGGCUCUGCGGUCCUUGUCCCUCCGCUCCAAUCGUCUGCAGAGCCUGGACCGGCUCACGUUCGAGCCCCUGGCAAGCCUGCAGCUGCUUCAGGUUGGGGACAACCCGUGGGAGUGUGACUGCAACCUUCGAGAGUUCAAACACUGGCUGGAGUGGUUCUCCUACAGAGGGGGGCGCCUGGACCAGCUUGCCUGUACCCUACCCAAGGAGCUGAGGGGGAAGGACAUGCGUGCGGUCCCCAUGGAGAUGUUUAACUACUGUUCCCAGCUCGAGGAUGAGAACAACUCCGCCGGGCUGGAUGCUCCAGGGCCCCCAUGCACCAAGGCUAGCCCAGAGCCUCCUAAACCUAAGCCCGGGGCUGAGCCUGAGCCCGAGGCCAGCACGGCCUGCCCUCAGAAGCAGAGGUACCGGCCCGUGAGUGUGCGGCGAGCCAUCGGCACAGUGAUCAUCGCCGGGGUCGUGUGUGGCAUCGUCUGCAUCAUGAUGGUAGUGGCUGCCGCGUACGGCUGCAUCUAUGCUUCCCUCAUGGCCAAGUACCACCGGGAGCUCAAGAAGCGCCAGCCGCUGAUGGGGGACCCCGAGGGUGAGCAUGAAGAUCAGAAGCAGAUCUCUUCUGUGGCAUGAGAGCUGUCUGUCUGGCCCAGGUAGGACAGCAAGGAGACUCCAUGGGACUGCUACCAAAAGGGCUGCCCUUCCCUCCAUCACAGGUCCUGUCUCAGUCUGACACUGGUACUGCCUCCCUCAGCUCCCUGGUCCCCAAUCUCUUUCCAAGCUUCCCAGAAGCUUCCCUGGGGCCAAAGAUUCCUAUGGAAGGCCGACUCUGAGCCUCUUGACUUUGGAAGCCCUGAGCCUCUCUGAUCUGAGGCUUCUGGUCACAGGGAGGAAAGAACCCAUACUGGAGACAUCAUGGGCACCAGGCUCGUCCCUCCUGCCCAGGGCCACCACAGCUGGUGACUCUCCCUACCUCUGCUCAUUCCCACUCCAGUCUGCAUUAGGGCCUGGGAGGGAGGGACAGGAGACCCAAAGCCAGAAAGACAUUCUUAAGUCCUUGCAGUGUGAAGUUUGUCCAGCUCUCAGCAGCUGGUGCCAACGUGUAAACACCCCGGCCCUGUGAUCUGGGUCCAAAGCUUAGAAAAACCAAAGUGGCUAUAAUGUCCCCCUUAGAUGGAUGUCAUUAUGUCCCUUUAUUUGCUAUAGACCCCUCUGACAUUAUUGCUCCAGGUUUAUGAAUUCUGUCCAUACUUUUUGUUCUAGUGUGAGGUUUAGAGACAGGGCCUUAUUCACUGUCAGACAGCGCAUCACUAUGACGGUCCCAGAUCAAAGUCUCUCUCUCUCUCUCUCUCUCUCUCUCUCUCACACACACACACACACACACACACACACACACACACCGUGAGAACUUGGGGCAGAGGCCCACUAUCCCCUGAUCCUGGAGCCCACAGUCCCUCUUCCUGACUACAGUCUUCCCAUGUCAUCAGGGGUUGGGUCCUCAACAAUAACACAGGGAUCCUUUGAGACCCUUUAAAUCGGGCCAAAGUAUGCAGCUGGAAGAAUUGCCCAUUGCCAUGGCAACCGCAGCACCUCUCCUGCUAGGAUUACCAGAGGUGUGCGUGUAUGCAUCUGAGAGCUCAGCUGCAGACCCCUGGGCAUGCCUGGGGUCUCCUCCCUGCUGGGUUCCAGGUACACCCCGGCAGUUUCUACUCCCACAGCCUGGCUUCUCCUGUCUCCUCUGUCAACUGCAUCUUUUGUUCGUGACCUCAAAGGCUGGGUCUGGGCUGUGCUCUGAGACUGGUGUCUCCUCACCUUAAGGAAAGCAGAUGUCAGGCAGUAAGUCCUUAAGAAAGCUGGCUGCCUUCAACACAUCCCCAACAGACUGCAGGCACAGGAACAGGAUGGCUACAUUCUGUUCGGAGUCCUGGGUGACGGGGCUUUCUUCCCCAGGGGCUCAUGGGCUCUGCCUGGUUUCCUGGGAGAGUGUGAUUGCUCCUGGACUACCCAGGGUAUACAAUGGCCGCAGUCCUAUUUGGGAUGGAGAUUGUUACCUCUGGGCUGUGCACAUCUUCAAGGUCACCGCCCUCUGUUCUCAACUGCCCCCUCCUUAGAGACUGGAUACCUCUGUAGGAGAUGCCAGACUGAUGCCUUGCCCUGGGCAGGGUCUUGGUAGUAGCCAGGUACACACUUAGGCACUGACAAUACACCUAUGAGGGCGGCAGGGCAGCCUCUCUGCCCUCCUUCUGGUCCUCCGCCACCUACUCAACUAGCAAGGGGUGAGUCCUGGGAGUCUCAGGAGAGCCUUCAAGGUUGUUCUCUGGCUGGCAGACAGAGAGCACAGGCUGCUCUUCAGGAUCACAGGAUCCUCUAGGCUGGGCCACAGUCUUCCUUCCUCUUUUGGCUGAUGGGCCAAUCCCAGAGCCGGGAUUUUCUAAGGGCCUGGGGGAGGGAGGGUGUUGUCACUGGUGAUAUCUUUAGCCUGAGACAGAAGAUUUUUAAAGGCAAAUUAUAUUUCUGGUUUGUCGUUUCAGAAGACCAAUAAAGACUAUUUUCCUAUGUA